UACAUUAUUCAACUCUUCUCUUAUCUUCUUCUUCCGUCUUUCUCUCUUCUUCUCUACCUCUUCCGUCUUUCUCUCUUAUUCAAGUCUGAAACUAACAAGUUCGCUCCUUUUUUAUUAAACUUUUUAGUUUCCUCCUCACUAUUUUAAACUUUUAAUCUUUUAAUUUAAUUUUCAAUUAAUUAGGUUAAUUAGUAAAGCCUAAAGCCUCCUCGUUGUGAAGGAGGCACUCGUCUUGUCGACCUUUUUGGUGUGAACUCGCUCUCUCACUCUCGGCGUCUCUAUGUCUUGUUGCUUGAGCAAGCUACAACUUUGCUCAACAAGUGAAUUCGAUAAUGCUGUUCAUUGAGUGCUUAGAAAAGCCUGAGCUGGGUUUUACUCACUACCUCUACUUAUUGAAUCUGGGAAAUUGAAAGAUGUUAAAUUGAGACUCUUUUUGAUGUUUAAUGACAGCUGAAGAAUAGAGAAAGGUUAUGGAUUCAGAUACAUGGGAAAUUAUCCAUGUACCUGAAAAGCCUGCAUUGUCACCUGACCAUCAGCCCACUGUGAAGGUGUUUGCGAGUGUAAUCAAACCCAAAUUUGCCAAUACGAUAGUGAGGCAUUUAUGUAAGAUUGCUCCUCUGGAAGAUCUUCGCCAUGUUAAAAGGGUGAAGAAGAAGAUUCUUCCAGAUCAUGGUGAACCUCAGUUGACUGUCAUCUUAUGUCUAGCACCUGAGCACCACGAUCAUUUGAAUGAUUUGCCACCUGAUGUACAGAAACUCGUUGAUCCCUAUGAGUUGAGUCCUUUUAUUACAGAAGUAUACAAAUAUGCUGCGGUGUCCAAAGAAGAGUGGGAAGAACAAAGUAAGAUAUGGCCAACUUCAUUUCACCCCCCAACCUAUAAUAUAGACGGCAUCGAUGGGUUCAGCAAAGAGGAGACACAAUCAAUCUGCAAGUUCAUGAGAAUUGUUAUUGAUAUGGCAGUAUCUGGUCAUAAACCAUUUGUAAAUGCUGCAGUGAUAGUUGAUCCCUUAGUUAGGCGGAUAAUAGCUAGUGAAACUGAUCAAGUAUAUGCAUCGUCUGCUCCUCAUGACAAGACUAGCGCAGAGACCAGGUCCUUCAAGGAAACAGGGGAUAUAUGUUUAAAUGACACACUUGAAAAAAAUAAUGGUUCAUUAUCUACUGUUGCUUGUCUGAAUCCCUGGCAAUGGUGUUUACAGCCGCAUGACACUGAAAAUUGUAGCCACUGGCAUCCUCUUAGGCAUGCUUCCAUGGUUGCCAUUGAAUCUUCUUCUGCCAGAGAUAGACAUAUGUUUCCCAAUUCAUCCGAAAUUUCUGGUCAGGAUCUUGUUCAGCCCUCAAAUACGGAUUCCCCGGCUAAAAAGCAGAAAACAAGCAGUCGAAGUCCGGACGUCCAAACUGACAGCAGGGAAGAGACUCUUAGAGAUCCUCCAAUGGAAAGGCCGUACCUUUGCACUGGUUAUGACAUUUUCCUCCUGUUGGAGCCUUGUACGAUGUGUGCUAUGGCGCUUGUGCAUCAAAGAAUAAAACGGAUUUUCUAUGCUUUUCCAAACCCUACGGCAGGCGGUCUCGGGGGUGUUCAUAGACUUCAAGGGGAAAAGAGUUUGAACCAUCAUUAUGCUGUGUUUAGAGUCUUGCUGCCUGACGAUGCUCUUAGACAAUCGACCACGGUCUAAUACAUUAUUGUAGUCGAGUGAUAGUAUUACAGGUUCUGAGUAACAAAGCUGAUUAUUUGUUCUUGUUCAUGCCAAGAAUCCAAAAUCUAUUGUGUUAUUAUGUAGACCAUUCAAAAAAAUUCAUUAGCUGAAGGAGAAAAGAAGUUGUUCUGAGCUAA